UUCGAAUUUUGAGUUUUGUUUAAAAAUGUAUUUUAGAGUUGAUGUAAAAUUUAAAUUUUAGGAAAAACCAACAAAUUUGGCUUCUGCUUCAAAAUUUCAAGUUAAAAAAUAUUGAAAACAGAUUGGAAAUAAAAACCAUUCAAAUGCUAGACUCUUCAAUGAAGCUCUCUUCCUCAGUUCACUCUAGUGGUAGGUUGAUACAUAAUCAAAAUUCUGUAACAAUGCCCAUGGUGACAGUUAAACAUCAAGAUUCAAUAAUCAUACCACCUAAAACUCUUUCGAGCAUGUACAGAGCAAAAGUUAUAGACGCUUAUAGGAACCGUCGCAUUUUCACAAUUUUUGGAAAUUAUAAUACUAUAAGGCGAUCACUGCUUAAAAGAGGAUGGUUGGAGAAACUGGCCCCAGGUCGUCAUAACAAGUUGCAAGGUCUAUCAGAAGAAGUGCUUCUUCAGCAUGCCAGGAGAGGAAACGAUUAUGAAGCAGUGGCCAUUAGCAAAAUAAUUAACCAUCUCCCUGCGUUUUUUGUGUGGCAACCAAAGGCUCAGCGCGACCUGUACAUGGAUGUUCAUCCGUAUCGCAAUCGCAUACGAAGGACUCACGCUAUGGACUUUUCUACAAAAGUCGGUCUUAUAGGAUGUGCUGAACAACAGCAUUGGUUCCAUCAAGAUGGUGUUGCAGGAAUGUUAUAUCCUCGCUUUUUUCGCUUGGGAGCCAAUCAAGAAGAACAGACGGCAUUUAUAGAUGAAUUCCGCAUUACACAAUGUGCUAGCUUAUUACGAUACUUAAUUAGGCACCUUGAAAAGCAUGAAGACAUAAUCGAUUAUGAAAAGGGUAAUAUUUGCCCAACAAUUGUGCAUUUUGCUUUGGGUCGAGUUAAAAGACAAUUGGACGAUUGGGAUAAUAUUGGUUUUUUAGAUAUAGAACAAUCUCAAGUCCCCGAAGAAGAGUGGACUAGUUUUUUAGACGAUUCCAGUAGAGUUAUUAAUGGUAAACAGAAAAUAAAAUGUACUUAUCGAGAGUUGACGGAAUUUAUUAAGACAUCAACAAAUCUAUUAACAAAAAUGGAAGAAAAACAUCCGGACCGUAAAUGGGAUGGAUAUAAAAACUUAUGGAUACUAAAACCAGGCUAUCAGAGUCGAGGUUUGGGUAUUGUAAUACGUAAUAGCUUAAAUGAAAUUCUAAGUUGGUGCACGAACCAUACCAAUCGUCGUUACAUAGUGCAGAAAUAUAUAGAACAACCACUUUUAAUAUAUCGUACCAAGUUUGAUAUACGCCAAUAUAUGUUGGUAUUCAUAAGAGAAUCAACAGUGCAAAUUUGGUUAUAUGCAGAUUGUUAUUUGCGCUUCAGUUCCCAGGAGUACAGCAUCGAUGAUUUGCGGGAGUGUAUACAUUUGACCAAUAAUUCAGUACAGAAAAAAUAUAAGAAUAAAAGCAACCGUGAUUCCAGAUUACCAAAGCAGAACAUGUGGUCUUUGGAUCAAUUUAAAGCAUAUUUAAAAAACCAAAAUGUACCAGAAGACACUUGGAACAAACGUGUUUAUUCUGGUUUUCGCGAAAAUCUUAUUGCUGUUGUGUUGGCCAGUUUGGAUGAGACGAAUUUAAAUGAAAAUUCUUUUGAACUGUAUGGUUGCGAUUUUAUGCUGGAUGAACAAUAUAAUCCAAUUUUGAUCGAAAUCAAUUCCACUCCCGAUUUAUCUCCCUCAACAGAGGUGACUGCCCGUAUUUGCCCCAUGGUUAUGCAGGAUUGCGUUAAAGUCAUAGUUGACAUGCCACGCAAUAGUCGAGCAUCAACGGGACUUUUUGAAAUGGUCUAUGAGGUUAAUUACAAAUUUAAACAACAAUUCAAUAACACGGAGGGCUUAAAUGUUAGCGGUAAAUCAGUAGAAUUGACAAAACGUCCGUGCGUACCAACAAAACCAAAAUUAAACAAAAAAGCUAAAAUGGAAAACAAACCUCAUAGCAAAAAGGUUAAUGAGAUAAAGAGUCCAAAUGUAUCUGCGGUGUUAUCCAAAAAAUCUAAAUCCAAUAUGUCAAACGUCGUGCCAAAAAGCCUAAAAGCGGCAGCAAAAGAAGCUUUAGCCUUGCGUUAUACAAUGCCAAAAUGAAAUGCGAAAGUCUCACUAGAACCCCUCAUAAAGAUAAACCACAAUUAAAUUAUAAUUAUUUACAGCAUUUAUUUAAACUUGUAACCACUUUGUAAGCUAAAUCAAAAAUGUAACAGUUAACAGUGAUUAACGCUUUGUAAUUGUAUUGUA